CUUAGAUCAGUCGGCUCGACUGUUUUGAUAGAAGCAUUGAGGAUGUUUCUUUUCGGAAAUGAAGUAAACAACGUAAAGAAAAUAAAUGACAAAAGCUUCGAUUUAUUGUAAUUUCGAUCAAAAAAAUAUUUUCCAGCGAUAUAAAAUACAAAUCACUUAAAAUAAUAAAAGAGAUCUUCCGUAAAAAUUCAUUAAUUCGACAUGGAGGAACUAACAAAAAUACUCAAUGAAUUAAAGUUGAAAUCAUCUAGUGAAACCAGAACAAAAGAUGAAGAAAUUGUAUCUAACCUAGAUUCAAUUUUACAGGCUCUUCUUAAAGAAGGUUCUAAUAGACAAGCACUUGUUGAACAUUUAAUACAGUCUGGUAUUGUAAGCACUGUUAUUUGUCUCUUAAAAUCUGAAAAAUUAUCUCCUCCUCUUACUGCCAAAAUUGGUGAACUCAUAGCUGAAUUGGCAAAAAUAUUGCUAGAAAACCAUGUACAGACGUAAGUAUGGUUGGACCUCUUGUGGAUCUCUUAUCUAGUGAAGAUAAUCAGACAGUUCUGCAAGUGUGUCGUGCCUUGGCUAAUAUCUGUUAUGAUAAUGGUAAGACAUGCAUCAGUUUUUUUAAUAUGAUUAUUAUAAACAAGCUUAUUUAGAAAGUUAAUAAAGUAAUUAACAUUUAUUUUAUAAUAAUUUUUAAGAUCAAGCAACAUCUAAUUUUAGUCUAAUCAGUCAGUUCUGAAUGUUAUAAUAUUUAAAGAAAAAAAUAAAUUUUAAAAUUUUAUUACAAAUACUAGCUGCAAGGACCCGCUUUGCUGGGUUUUUAUUUGUGGGCAAAAAGUAACGAUAGUGAAGAUUAAG